GCAAAACAAACGACUGAAUGUCGAUGCUGACGAUACCUGCGAAACGAUCAUUGAAGCGCACGAUCAGCAAAAAGUCUAGUACGACAAGAUUUUCUGGUCACUGUGGCGGCUUCGAUGAAAAAGCACGGCAAAAGUCGAUGAGAUCUUCGUAUGUACACGUGAUCGUGUCAGUUAAAAAUAGAUCUCUCACAUUUUGAUCACCAUAAGAACGAGUGCCGGAAAAUUUUACAUAAAAUCCCAAUUAAAAUGGAAAAUAUUGUGAAGACACAAGAUUUCUUCAAGACAUUCUGCAACAAUGUCCUUAACUCAAUGUCCACCGAGGACUUUGAUAAAUUUGCUAAAUUAUCAAAUGAUCGUGAUCGGUGUGAGUUUGUGUCGAACCUCACGACAGUAAAGAGUCUCAAUGUAACACGUGAAAAAUCAGUGAAGAACUUGGAUAAAGCACUGGCUCUCAAGAAGGAGGGCAACACUGCCUUUCAGAAUAAAGAGUGGAGAAAAGCACUUGAUCUCUACAAUCAGAGCUAUUUUAUCACGCCGAAUGAUCAAGAAGGGGAUUUGGCAGUGAUCUUUGCCAAUAGAUCUGCUGCCCUGUAUCACAUGGAAAAACAUGAUUUAGCUCUUAAGGACAUUGCAAGAGCCAUCGAGGCCAACUAUCCCAAAGAAAUGCGGUACAAAUUAAAGGAAAGAGAAGCAAAGUGCUUCUUGGCUCAAGAAAAGCAUGCAGAAGCACUUCAAGCAUUCAAAAACACAAUUACAGCUUUGGAUGAUGCUAAUCUUCCCGAAGAGAAAUUUGCGAAAAUGGAGCGAGAUGCUCAAAUCAUGAUAAAGAUGCUUACGAAAACAGUCGAAAAGUGUGGAAAUCAAAAAACCAAACAGAAACCCAAAAAAGGAGAUGUUUCACAAAUGCACACCUCCCUUACUUUUGAUUAUAAUGAAUCAGAAGGUAGAUUUGCAAAGGCAUCCGGAGAUAUCAAUGUUGGCGAAACGAUCGUAGCUGAACUUCCACAUUGCUCAGCCCUCCUGGAAAGAAGUGCCCAGAAACACUGUCAUAAUUGCUUUUCGAGAUUUUUAGCACCAAUUUGCUGUACAACAUGCUCUGAUGCUCUUUUCUGUUCAAACGAUUGUCGCUCGAUCGCCAUGAAGUCCUAUCAUAAAUAUGAAUGUGGAAUCUUGCCGAUUCUCUGGCGCUCAGGAACUUCUAUCAUCUGCCAUCUGAGUCUGAGAGCAUUGGCACAGAGAGAUGUGGAAUAUUUCCUGCAAAUUCGAGAUGAACUCAGAGAAAAUGGAGGAGAUUAUCCUUUUGAACAUCGAUUAAAAUUCUCCAACAGUGAUUAUCGCAAAAUCUGCAAUCUCUUUAAGGUUGAUGUGAAAAAUAGAUCAGUCAACGAUCUCUUUCAGCACACUGUAAUGGCAUCUUUUCUCACCAGUUGCCUAAAGGCUGGAGAUUACUUUGGUGAUCACCAAGAUCAAGAUACUUACCAUGAGAUGGGAGGAUUUGUCCUAAGAACUCUGCAAGUUCUACAAUUUAACACUCACGAAGUGUUUGAGCUUCAGGCGGGAAAAACUCCUUUGAGCCCAGAUCGCAAAACUAUAUUCAUCGGAGGAGCUCUAUAUCCCACUGUGGCUCUUUUCAAUCACUCCUGUGACCCUGGAGUCGUACGCUACUUCCGUGGAAAUCGUGUAUUUGUACAUGCCAUCAAGAACAUUAAAGCAGGGGACAUCGUUGCAGAGAAUUAUGGUCCAUUGUAUACACAGGAAGAUCGUGAACAAAGACGAACUACUCUGAAGCAAAUCUACUUCUUUGACUGCAUGUGUAUUCCUUGUCAGGAAAAUUGGCCUCUUUUCGCGGAUAUGCGUAACGACUUCCUGCGCUUCCGCUGUGAAGGAAAAGGCGAUUGCGGAAAAGUAAUCAAUGUUCCAGUAGACACGAACGACUUUAUGAUCCGCUGUGUGGACUGCGGGGAGUUUACGAAUUUGCUAAAGGGCCUGAAAGCGAUGCAAGACAUUGACGUGAUGAAUCGCACCGCAGAGCGACUUCAUCGUGCUGGAAAUGUGGACGAAGCCGUACGCAAGUACAUUGAGAUUCUCAAGUUGAUGAGUGACAAUCUCGUGCCACCCUUCCGUGACUACGUACUCUGUCAGCAGAACAUUCGGGACUGCCUUCUGGAAUACGGAAAUCGCUUUGUGGUGUAAUAGAGAUGGGGAUGUUGUGUCCUCCAUAAAAUUUAUAAAUAUAUUUUAUAUCAAAAUAAUAUAUGUAAGAAAUGCUUUACAAUCUAGAAAAA